AUGGCAUCAAAUAAAACAAGUACAAAUGCAAAUAUACCAAUGUCCUUCAUUGAGAUGAAAUCACCUACACUUGGACUCUCAAUAUUGUUUACAAUACUUUUCGGGACAACAGUAAUACUACAUUUUUAUCGAACAUUACUAAAAACAAAGCGACGACAAUUAGCAUGUAUUUAUUUAUUUAGUUUCACAUUAACACGUACACUGGGAUUCAUAUUUCGCUGUGCAUGGGCAAAAAACGAGAAGUCUAAAGGAUUAGCGAUAGUCUCAAAUAUAUUUCUGACUGGUGGUUUCUUUCUCGUCUGUCAAUCACUUUAUAUGCUAUUCCUGGAUUUAAUCACCCCGCUAUCACGAUUUUUGCGCGAAAAAAAGUUAUUCUUAAUAAAGCAUCUAUUUCCAAUAUUCUCGAUAAUUGGCAUAAUUGAUGCGGUGAAAUCAUACGAAAGCGAAUCGGGAAAAGCUUUCAAUAUCGGUCGUGAUUUUGCGAAAGUUUCGGCGAUCGGAUUCACAACAUUGAUCGGAUUUCUAUUGAUAAUGACGACUUUCUACGCGAUAAAAUAUCGUGAGAAAAUAUCGUGUAAUGGACAAACACGUUUGAUCGCUGUCUUGUAUUUCGCGACUUCGUUAUUGUUAUUGGAGAUGGUGUACAAGGUGAUGUCGAAUUUUUCGACCUCGACUGAUAGUGUAAAUCGAGAACAAUGGGUCUUUUACGGGUUUGAAGCGGUGCCAGAGUUGGUGUUGUUGAUUUUUUUGGGAGCUGUUAAUGUUGGACACUUAUUUUAUUCUAGUGAAAAAGAUUCUACUAUCAAUAAUAAUGAGAACGAUAGCACCUAUAUUGAUACGAGUUCUGAUACUCAAAUAGUGACAGAAAUUUCUGAAAACAAGAAUUGGAAAAAUGUUUCAAAACUUGUUUAA